GCUCAGGUCGCGCUCAGGCAAACUGCCGGGUUACAACCGAGCAAAGGUUAGGCAGUUGCCUCUGGAAGGGGCGGAACUCCUCUGAAAGCGAAAGUAUGGGGUCUUAGUUGGAAGGUGGGCCUGGGCGGUGCUGCAGCUGGGAAGUCCCAGCUGCUGCUCAAUCAACUGGACUCUUCUGGAGGCCUCCCGCCUGGACCUGGUCUCACGAUCCUGCUUGGCUGACUUGCCCAGGACCUCUUCUGCCUGAGUACAGUUGUCUGCUUCGCAUAGCAGUUGCUGGUGGCCUCUGGAGCUCCAGAAAUGCAGGCUUCAGCUGACGGAUGCCUUGCUGGAGGGCUAGACCCUAGGGGCUGGCCUCUGACCAGCGUGCCUUAACUCCUAGGGAAGGGCAGUUCCUUCUGACUCACCCAGGGUCUGGCCCUAGCUCCUGCUUGGAUUCGAUCUGCUUUCCUGCUGCCAAGAUGCCGUUGCCACAGGCAGUGACCCCUGGGCCAGAGCUUCAAAACCCCAAGGCGCCCGGGAAGUCACAGAGCCUACCCCUGUCCACCCGGAAAUCCAACAGUAUGAAGGAGCCAAAUGCACACCCCGGGGACACCGUGAAGCCCAGCCUGAGCACCCUGAAGCGGACCCUCUUCCGGACCAGCCUGCCAGCUUCUACCCACAGGCCCAAGGACGACCCGGGCCUGUUCAGGAGAAGCUCCCGAUUCCUGCUCCGGUCCUUAAGACGGGCUCUGGAUGAAGGCCCGACUGAGGGGCAUCCCCAGGUCACUGCUGGGCCAGAGAAGCCCCCCAGUGCUACAGAUGGUGUCAGCCGGCAGGUAUCCGCCGGGACACGGCCUGAGGAUCUGGAACCCCAGGCAGAGAGCAAAUCCGUGGCCGACCUCAUCACUGAGCGGAAACUGCUGAAGGCCUUUGAACAGCUGCGGCACCUGGAGACCCGGCUGGUGGCCGACAACGCCUCGCGCACGUUCGCGCAGGACCCCACGGCCUACGCGCGUCGCGCCAUGGACCUCUGUCUGCACUACGACGGAAUGGCGGCCGAGAUCGGCGCCAUCGUGCGCGAGGCGCUGGGCUGCGAAGGUGCGGACCGAGCCGCCCUGGCGGAAGUGGCCCAGGUGGUGCGCCUGGAGGAGGAGGCCCAUCGGGCCCCGCAGGCCGGAGGGGACUUCCUGAGCACCCCCCGCCACUGGCGGCAGCUCUGGGCGGACACGGUGCGGCUCAGCGCCCAGGAGCGCGUGCAGCAGGCCGGCGCCGGCGUCGCCCCGGGCGCUGCCGAGGGCGCGUCCGACCUGGCUCAGCUUCUGGCCGAGCUCGGCGGCCUGGUCCGCCGCGACCUGCAGAAGGUGCGCUUAGAGAUGCAGCCUGCUUACGGAGCCACCGACUUCCCGGUGUGGGAGACCUACUUGCGGGCUUUCCACAGCGCCGUGGCCCAGCGCCUGCAGGAGCUGGCGCGGGGCGCCCGCGGCUGUGAGCAGCUCUAUGUGCUGUUGGACUGGGCGGCUAACGUUUACGGCAGUCCUGACUUCCUUGGCACCCCAGACCUGGCCCUGCCCACCGAACCGCUGCCCCCGCUCCUGGAGCCUGCUCUGUGGGCCCGACUGGAAAGUGAUUACACCAGCUUCCUAGAGACCAAGAUCACAAGCUGUUUCGACAGCAUCUUGCGGCUGGAGCAGAGCCGCUGGGAGGCCGGCGAGGACGACCGGGAGGUGCUGCAGGGCCUCUACCACGCGCCCCUGUCCAUCGACGUUCAUAUGCUCGUGGCUGAGCACGUGAAGGCGGCCGGCGCUAUCUCCGCGGAGCUGGAAGCCACCACCCUGCAGAUCUGCGCGCGCGCGCUCUGCCUCUUUGUGCCCAGGUUUGAAAAGGCGUUUCUGGCGUCGGCGGCGGUGAGCGAGUGGUACCUGGGCGCCUAUAUUAACGCGUGUGCGGAGCUGAGAACCAGCCUCCUGGCCAGGUUCCCAGGGACGAUGAAGGAACUGGAGAAGCCCCUGGUGGCUGCCACCAACAGCUUCCAGAAGCAUUUGCUCCAGAUUGUACAGCAAGACAUGCAGCCACUGUUCAAGGCGCUCUAUACCAAGAGCUGGCUCACACUGGACACGCUGCGUCCCCUCAUGGACAAGGUGGUGGACUUUGCACAGCACCUGGAGCAUGUGACCCCGCCGCUGGCCCAGGGCACUCUUCAGGAGCUGCACCGCUUUGUGGUCCGAGCAUACCUGGGGCAGGUGCUGAGGCCCCACGAGAGGUUCAGCGGCCUGGAUCGCGUCAAUGCCUCCCACAAAAUGAACCUGGAUGCCCAGGCCAUUAGCAGCACCUUCCAGGGCUUGGGCUCUAAAGCCACGUGGCUGGACCAGGCCAUCCUGUGCGUGGCCGAGAUCCUGGGCGAGACGUACAAAGAUGACAUCCAGCGGCACCUGGAGACGCUUAUACAGAGCUACCCCGACAUCAGGCGCGACCACAUUCUGGCCAUUCUGGCGCUGCGCAGACUCGGCCGCCGUCGAAACCAGAAUCUGUUGCAGCACAGCCAAGACCUGCUGCGAGCGGCCCGCGAGAGCAGGCCCGCCCCGCCCCCGGUGCUCUUCGAGGAGAUCGAAGUGCGCGCCUCUGUGGACGUCCUCAUCGCCUGUAUCUGAACGGCAGGCAGGAGCCUGGCUGACCCCGAGUUGGCAGCCCAGUGAGUCACUCUGGCCCUACCCUCAGCAAUGAAGCCUGGAGCCAUGGAAUUUUUGGUUUCAGCUGCCUGGCUGCUCAGCCAGGGGGAGCCAAGAGUGGAGGCAUUCCAGGCAUUUGCGGGGGAGUUUUGGGGGGCUGCUGAGGCUGCUUGCGGGACUUCACUUUCUAACUGCUCAGCACAACCCCGCUAUCGUGAGAAGCUGGCCAUCCUAAAAAUAAAUGCGAAUUAAAAUAGUGCCUGAGGUUGGGCAAGCUAAGCUGGCUGGGAGAGGUGAGGCUGAAGGUUCCGUGGCCAGCUGGUCAGUGACUGAAUGGGGUGGCGGAGGCAAGUCCUGACCUGGAAAUGCUCCUGCCUGUAGCUGCAGACCAAAACAGGCCUCGGGGGCCACGCGGUGGCUCAGAGCUGAAGAACAGGCGCCCCUCCUUCCGGGGGCCCUGCUUGUGUUCCCUGCACCCACAUGGCAGUAGGCAGCUUGAUCCCUCAAUUCCAGAGGCUCAGACUCAUUCUUCUGGUCCCUGUGAGCAUGCGCUUGUGUUGUGUGCAGAGGAGCACACAGGCAAGACUCCUGCGUGUAUGUAAAGUAAAAAUAAUAAAAUUUAAAAAGCAACAACAGAACAAA